UGGCAAAUUAGGGCUACAUAGCCAUAGGUUCCUUUGUUUGUUUCUCCUGUAGGACUACAUGUUCCAGGUUGACAUCGGUGUGUGACGUCUGAUUUGUGCGCCGUUGUCUCCUCCAGUUUCCAGCUUUCGGGGAGAUUUUUAUUAGCUACAUGGUGAACAAAAAUAGCAAGAGGUCACCAUGGUGAUGAAGUCGGCUGUAGAGGAUGAUGAUGCCGGCUGGGGGCUGGGCAUCCCAGAGAAGAUGAAGAACAAUGCCAACUGGGUUGAUAUUACAUAUGACUUCAAGGGGGCUUGCAAAGAAUUGAACCUUGGAGAGCUGCUUCAUGACAAACUGUUUGGCCUGUUUGAGGCCAUGUCAGCCAUUGAGAUGAUGGAUCCCAAGAUGGACGCUGGAAUGAUUGGGAACCAGGUCAACAGGAAAGUGCUCAACUUUGAACAAGCUGUCAAGGAUGGAGCCAUCAAGGUGAAGGACCUGAGUCUCCCUGAAUUGAUAGGGAUCAUAGACACAUGUUUUUGCUGUUUGAUCACAUGGCUGGAGGGCCACUCGCUCGCCCAAACGGUGUUCACCUGUCUGUACGUCCACAACCCCGACCUGAUUGAGGACCCUGCUCUCAAAGCCUUCGCCCUGGGCAUCCUCAAGGUGUGUGACAUUGCCCGAGAGAAAGUCAACAAGGCUGCAGUGUUCGAGGAGGAGGAUUUCCAGGCCAUGACCUAUGGCUUCAAGAUGGCCAAUAAUGUUACAGACCUGCGGGUGACAGGUAUGCUGAAAGAUGUGGAGGAUGAGUUACAGAGGAGAGUUAAGAGCACACGGAGUCGACAGGGUGAGCAGCGAGACCCAGAGGUUGAGCUGGAGCACCAGCAGUGUUUGGCACUUUUCAACAGAAUCAAGUUCACACGACUUCUAUUGACUGCACUGAUCGCCUUUACUAAGAAAGAGACCAGCUCGGUGGGUGAGGCCCAGAAGCUGAUGGCUCAGGCAGCUGACCUCUUAUCAGCUAUCCAUUCCAGUAUUCAACAUGGCAUCCAGUCACAGAAUGACACCACUAAAGGAGAUCACCCGAUCAUGAUGGGCUUUGAGCCCUUGGUCAACCAGAGACUGCUGCCCCCCACCUUUCCUCGCUACGCCAAAAUCAUCAAGAGGGAGGACAUGGUGGCUUACUUUAGCAAGCUUAUUGAACGCAUCAAGACCGUCUGUGAUGUGAUCAACACCACCAACCUGCACGGCAUACUGGACUUCUUCUGUGAGUUCAGUGAGCAGUCUCCCUGUGUGCUCUCCAGAUCUCUACUACAGACAACGUUCUUGAUAGACAAUAAGAAGGUGUUUGGGACCCACCUGAUGCAGGACAUGAUCAAAGAUGCUCUCAGAUACUUUGUCAGUCCGCCUGUUCUCUCCUCUAAGUGCUGUCUGUUCAACAACCACCAAGCCAAGGACUACAUUGACUCCUUUGUCACCCACUGCUCAAGGCCAUUCUGCAGUCUGAUCCAGAUCCACGGACAUAACCGCGCUCGACAGAGAGACAAGCUCGGACACAUUCUUGAAGAAUUUGCUACACUGCAGGAUGAGGCAGAGAAAGUGGAUGCAGCGCUGCAUAGCUUGCUGAUGAAACUGGAGCCUCAGAGACAGCAUCUAGCCUGCCUGGGGACCUGGAUCCUCUACCACAACCUGAGGAUCAUGAUCCAGUAUCUUCUGAGUGGUUUUGAACUGGAGCUCUACAGCAUGCAUGAGUACUACUACAUCUACUGGUACUUGUCGGAGUUCCUGUAUGCUUGGUUGAUGUCCACUCUGAGCAGAGCAGACUCCUCUCAGAUGGCAGAGGAGAGGAUCCUGGAGGAGCAGCAGAAAGGACGCAGCAGCAAGAAGACCAAGAAGAAGAAGAAAGUGCGCCCUCUUAGCAAGGAGAUUACCAUGAGUCAAGCCUACCAGAACAUGUGCGCUGGCAUGUACAAGACCAUGGUAGCAUUGGAUAUGGAUGGGAAGGUGCGUAAGCCUCAGUUUGAGCUGGACAGCGAGCAAGUUCGCUAUGAGCAUCGCUUCGCCCCCUUCAACAGCGUGGUCACCCCCCCACCUGUGCACUACAUCCAAUUCAAGGAAAUGUCCGAUCUGAAGAAGUACAACCCUCCACCCGGCUCUGCUGACCUCUACCUGGCAGCCAGCAAACACUUCCAACAGGCCAAGCUUAUCUUAGAGAACGUGCCGAGCCCGGACCCUGAGGUGAACCGUAUCCUGAAGGUGGCAAAGCCCAACAUUGUAGUGAUGAAGCUAUUGGCUGGAGGGCACAAGAAGGAAACCAAGGUCCUCCCAGAGUUUGACUUCUCAGCUCACAAGUACUUCCCCGUGGUCAAGAUUAUUUGAUUCUGCUCUGACGUCCUAAACACAUCAACUGUAAAGACCAUACCUUCACCUGAACAAGUGUGUGACGGCCCUGAUCGAGUCCUGUCUGAACUAGUGUGUGAUGCACGUAACUGUUGCGUCGCAGACAGGGUGUCUGAUACAUCCAAUCCUUUUUUUCACAUGAAUGAGAGAUGGACCCAACCUGAGUGACUGUAUCCACCUCUGGAUCUGUGAUAGCGUGUGUGAUAGCGUGAGAGAGAGUGUGUGAGAGAGAGUGUGUGACAGAGAGUGUGUGACAGAGUGAGAGAGAGAGACCAGCUGCAGUGCUUGUGUGAAAGAAGGAGCUGAUGAACUGGCCAGAGGAAAAUGUAAGCUGCAUCCAAAAUAACCUCUAGCCAUAUGUUUGUCAAGCAUCGAAAGAAUAACAGCAAGGAUGGGUCUAAGUCAGUAAAGCAUAUUGAGCCUGUUAAUGUACAUGCUGAUAAUCAUGCUGAUGGGAAGGUUGUGUCCUUAGUAAAGCACCAGCCACAUGUGACUGUUGGAUGGCAUCAGUCUGUCAUCUCUAAGCAGAAGAACCACAUGAAGACCUUUUCAGUCAUUCUUCAUUGAGACCAUUGCAUGUACGCAGGGCGUAUGACACCCAUUGAAAACUUGAUGUGAAUUCUGAGUACCAAGUACAUGGUUGUGAGUGUGACAAUAAAGCCAUUGUAUUUGGAUUUCCUGAGAUGCUGAGAUUUGAGAUGAAAGAUGUGCAUCCAGCAGCAGUGCUAGAAAUAUUUGCCCAGGCCAGGAACGCAUCAUCUGCAGUUCUGCACUCAGUGCUUCUUUUAACGACUACUAAUAUCAGCAAAACCAAAUGAAUGAAAAAAGCUACCCCGAUACAUCUCUGGAACUGAAUAAAAACUAGUUUUUACUGUGCUA